CUUUUUACUCUGAAAAAAAUAGUACACUUUGCUAUCAAAAUUGAGCAAUAUUCGUUAUCUUUUCCACGCGCGAUAUUCGUUAUCCUUCCACGCGCGCGCACAGAGGUGAGGGUGUUUUCACUCGGCGUGUUUUAUGAGCAGCGACGACACUCCCGCCGGGGACGAGCUCGCUGUGCCGCUGGACUGCUGCGGAGGACUCAACAACGUGGAUUACUCGAAGAUGGAUUUGACGCUCCUGAAAUUCGCUGACUUCCACGACCCCAGCUUCUGUGUCGCCGUGGUCGCCAUCGUUUUCAACCCUCUCUUCUGGAAUGUGGUGGCCAGAUGGGAGCAUCGUACGCGGGCCCUCUCCAGGCUCUUCGGGGGCCCCUACCUGGCCUGCUACUGCCUGGCGUUCGUCAUCCUCCUGCUCAACGUGUACCGCAGUCACAGUGUGACAGAGGCGAUGAAGGCCCAGGCCAGCUGGGAGGCGAUGGAGCGGGCGGAUGUGUUCUACGCCGGCGUGGCGCUGGUGGUGCUGGGCACCGUGCUGGUGGUCAGCAGCUUCCUGGCUCUGGGCUUCACCGGAACAUUCCUCGGUGAUUACUUUGGGAUCCUGAUGGACGGGAAGGCGACCGGCUUUCCCUUCGGCCUCACGAAGAACCCCAUGUACUGGGGCAGCACCGCCAACUACCUGGGCCUGGCUCUCAUCGGUGCCAGUCCUGUUGGUCUCGUCCUGACCGCCGUCGUCGCCGUGGUGUACAAGGUGGCGAUACACUUUGAGGGACCGUUCACCGAGAUGAUCUAUCGGGAGCGCAGCGAGCGCCGCAAGCGUGAAUAACCACUUCCUGUCGCCCGAGCGUUCACUUCCUGUCGGGACUCGCUGACGGCGUGGGAUUUCAAUAGGCUGCGUUCAAGCCUGCAAGUGUUUUUUUCUCCAAUUUCUGAUUUUUUGGGGGGUUUCAUGCUCUUCUAAUUAAUCUGGAUGCUGCAGUGAGAUUUAGUUUGUUUUGUAACACCAAAUAGUUUUGAUAUUCUGAGAAACAAUCUAAAAUAUAGCUUACUGAGGGGGGGGGGGGUUAUCGAUACCACUUACCCGGUAUGUACGGUUGAUUGGCACCCUGUGGAUAGCCACCGUGAAGUUGCCAGGCAACCGCAACAGAUGCUCCACAGACCGACUAAAGAUGUCAAAUCAUCCCUUUUUAAAAGCUGCAUGUAGAGCAACAAAAAAACACUAACUGUGAGAAAUGCACCUUUUUAAAUGUCAGAGGAGCUCUACCUAUGCAAACCACACACACACACACACACACACACACACACGCAGUAUUUGUGAUGCAAUAAACGAGUGAGGUCUCA